UAUUUACAAGGAUGUCUUUCUAGGUCGGGCUUGUUUCUACAGAACCAUGCAGCCAAGUUGAUGAAGCCCCCUGCUGAGUGGCAGCGUAGUGCUUUAAUUAAAGAAACAGCACCUUGACGCUAAAACAUGUUGGCUUUUAAUGAUAAUAAACACUUUCCACUGAUUAUUUUCUCAGAGCUGUUGAAUGCAGCACAGUAAUGCUUACAUUCAGUCAGCUGUGAAAACCUGCCAGCACUGUUGAGCAAUCAUUGAUCUUGGGGCGUGCCCAGAACCAGGUGUGUGUUUGUUUUACUAUCCUUGUGGGGACCAGAAGUCUUUACAAGGAUAGUAAAACAAGGAAAAAGUGGGCACAUUUCGCCAGUCCCCACAAGGAAAAACGCUAUUUUAGGGUUAGAGAAAAUCAGCCUGGUCUCAUAGACUAGACGUAACAUAGUACAUUUAAAUCCGGGACUCUCAAAUUAGUACGAUAUGUAACGUUUGGUAUGGUUACAUAACCAGGAUACUUAUGGCAAAAAGGAUGGUAGGUCUGGGUGGAUGCGUGAACGUCAAGCAAACCAAAGGUUGCGUGUUUGAAUCUCAGCACGGACAACUUUUAGCUAAUUAGGAACUGCAACUACUUACUACCUUUUUAGCUAUUUUGCAACUACUUAGCAUGUUAGCUAGUCCGUUCCCUAACCUUAACCCUUUAACGUUAGCUAAUCUAGGGGUUAAGGUUAGACACCUAGCUAAUGUUACCGCUGGCCACCUAGCUAACAUUAGCCACAGCUAAUUGGAAUUUGUAACAUACAUUGUAUCAUACGUUUUGUAAAUUCGUAACUUAUUGUACAAAUUGUAAUUUAUAACAUAUCAUACGAAAUGGAUGAUGGACAUCCACAAAUGAAUACAUACCAUAAGAAAUGUAACAUAUCAUACUAAUUGGAGUGUCCUGGAUUUACAUUUACUAUGUUAUGUCUACCCCUGAGUGCAGGUUGGGAAAAUUAGGAUUUUUAAUGGGAAUCAAUUGUUUGGUGCCGACAAGGAUAGUAAAACCUACGUGAGUGCAUGCCUAAAAUAACUGUGUUGACUGUGUAGUCCUAAGUAUAUAUCAACACUGGGUACCCCAAGGGAACUCCGAAGUAAAUGUAACUGGGUGAAACGGAAUGGGAAUAGUUGCCUGGCUCCCAUGUACUGUGUAGCCUAAGAAUUGGUCUCUGUCCCUUCCAGUCUCUGAGGGCAGCAGUGUGUUGUACCCUCAGUAACACAGAUUUCUAUACUGAACCAACAUAAAUGCAACAUGCAACAAUUUCCUAUUUUUUACUGAGUUAGUUCAUAUAAAGAAAUCAGUCAAUUGAAAUAAAUUAUUAGGCCCUAAUCUAUGGAUUUCACAUGACUGGGCAGGGGUGCAGCCAUGGGAGGGCAUAGGUCCACCCACUUGGCAGCCGGGGCCACCCACUGGGGUGGGGCCACCCACUGGGAACCAGGCCAAGCCAACCAGAAUGAGUUUUUCACCACAAAAGGGCUUUAUUACAGACAGAAAUACUCCUCAGUAUUUGAUCAGCUUCUUGAUUUGCCACACCUGUCAGGUGGAUGGAUUAUCUUGGCAAAGAACAAAUGGUCACUAACAGGAAUAUAAACAAAUCUGUGUGCAAAAUUUGAGAGAAAUAAGCUUUUUGUGCAUAUAGAAAAUGUCUGGGAGGAUUUAUUUCAGGGGGGUACCGGUACAGAGUCAAUGUGCGGGGGCACCGGUUAGUUAAGGUAAUAUGUACAUGUAGGUAGAGUUAUUAAAGUGAUUAUACAUAGAUGAUAACAACAGAGAGUAGCAUCGGUGUAAAAAGGGUGGGGGGGAAUGCAAAUAGUCUGGGUAGCCAUUUGAUUAGAUGUUCGGGAGUCUUAUGGCUUGGAGGUAGAAGCUAUUUAGAAGCCUCUUGGACCUAGACUUGACGCUCCGGUACCGCUUGCUGUGCGGUAGCAGAGAGAACAGUCUAUGACUAGGGUGGCUGGAGUCUUUGACAAUUUUUAGGGCCUUCCUCUGACACUGCCUCGUAUAGAGAUCCUGGAUGGCAGGAAGCUUGGCCCCAGUGAUGUACUGGAACGUUUGCACUAUCCUCUGUAGUACCUUGCGAUCGGAGGCCAAGCAGUUUCCAUACCAGGCAGUGAUGCAACCUGUCAGGAUGCUCUCGAUGGUGCAGCUGUAGAACCUUUUGAGGAUCUGAGGACCAAUGCAAAAUCUUUUCAGUCUCCUGAGGAGGAAUAGGUUUUGUCGUGCCCUCUUCACGACUGUCUUGGUGUGCUUGGACCAUGUUAGUUUGUUGGUGAUGUGGACACCAAGGAACUUGAAGCUCUCAACCUGCUCCAAUACAGUACUGUCGAUGAGAACAGGGGCGUGCUCGGUCUUCUUUUUCCUGUAGUCCACAAUCAUCUCCUUUGUCUUGAUCAUGUUGAGGGAGAGGUUGUUGUCCUGGCACCACACGGCCAGGUCUCUGACCUCCUCCCUAUAGGCUGUCUAGUCAUUAUCAGGCCUACCACUGUUGUGUCAUCGGCAAACUUAAUGAUGGUGUUGGGAGUGAUGAUGUGAACAGGGAGCACAGGAGGGGAUUGAGCACUCACCCCUGAGGGGCCUCUAUGUUGAGGAUCAACGUGGCGGAUGUGUUGUUACCUACCCUUGCCACCUGGAGGCGGCCCGUCAGGAAGUCCAGGAUCCAGUUGCAGAGGGAGGUGUUUAGUCCCAGGGUCCUUAGCUUAUUGAUGAGCUUUGAGGGCACCAUGGUGUUGAAUGUUGAGCUGUAGUCAAUGAAUAGCAUUCUCACAAAGGUGUUACUUUUGUCCAGGUGGGAAAGGCAGUGUGGAGUGCAGUAGAGAUGGCAUCAUCUGUGGAUCUGUUGGGGCGGUAUGCAAAUUAGAGUGGGUCUAGUGUUUCUGGGCUAAUGGUGUUGAUGUGUGCCAUGACCAGCCUUUCAAAGCACUUCAUGGCUACAGAUGUGAGUGCUAUGGGUUGGUAAUCAUUUAGGCAGGUUACCUUAGUGUUCUUGGGCACAGGGACUAUGGUGGUCUGCUUAAAACAUGUUGGUAUUACAGACUCGGACAGGGAGAGGUUGAAAAUGUCAGUGAAGACACUUGCUAGUUGGUCAGCGCAGGCUCGCAGUACAUGUCCUGGCAAUCCGUCUGGCCCUGUGGCCUUGUGAAUGUUGACCUGUUUAAAGGCCUUACUCACAUCGGCUGUGGAGAGCGUGAUCACACCAUCUUCCGGAACAGCUGGUGCUCUCAUGCAUGUUUCAGUGUUAUUUGCUUCGAAGCGAGCAUAGAAGUAGUUUAGCUCGUCUGGUAGGCUCGUGUCACUGGGCAGCUCUCGGCUGUGCUUCCCUUUUUAGUCUGUAAUGGUUUGCAAGCCCUGCCACAUCCGACGAGCGUCAGAGCCGGUGUAGUACGAUUCAAUCUUAGUCCUGUAUUGACGCUUUGCCUGUUUGAUGGUUCCUCAGAGGGCACAGCAGGAUUUCUUGUAAGUCCCGCUCCUUGAAAGUGGCAGCUCUAGCCGUUAGCUCAGUGCGGAUGUUGCCUGUAAUCCAUGGCUUCUGGUUGAGGUAUGUACGUACGGUCACUGUGCGCACAAUGUUGUCGAUGCACUUAUUGAUGAAGCAAAUGACUGAUGUGGUGUACUCCUCAAUGCCAUCGGAGGAGUCCCGGAACAUAUUCCAGUCUGUGCUUGCAAAACAGUCCUUUAGCUUAGCAUCUGCGUUAUCUGACCAUUUUUUUAGUGAUCGAUUCACUGGUGCAUCCUGCUUUAAUUUUAGCUUGUAAGCAGGAAUCAGGAGGAUAGAAUUAUGGUCAGAUUCGCCAAAUGGAGGGCGAGGGAGAGCUUUGUAUGUGUCUGUGUGUGGAGUAAAAGUGGUUCAGAGUUUUUUUCCCCCUCUGGUUGAACAUUUAACAUGCUGAUAGAAAUUUAGUAAAACGGAUUUAAGUUUCCCUGCAUUUAAGUCCCCGGCGACUAGGAGAGCCGCCUCUGGGUGAGCGUUUUCUUGUUUGCUUAUGGCGGAAUACAUCUCAUUCAAUGUUGCCUCAGUCUGUGGGGGUAUGUAAACAGCUACGGAAAAUAUAGAUGAAAAUUCUCUAGGUAGAUAGUGUGGUCUACAGCUUAUGAGAUACUCUACCUCAGGCGAGCAAUAGCUCAAGACAUCCUUAGAUAUCGUGCACCAGCUGACUAUGUAUUAACAAAAAUACAUAGUCCGCCGCCCCUUCUCUUACCAGACGCAGCUGUUCUAUGUCGUCGUUCAGCCACGACUCCGUGAAGCAUAAGAUAUUACAGUAAAACGUUAGCCUUCUUCCCCGGUGCCAUCUUAUCAACCAGACGCCUUCCUGGGGUUCUUCACAGGUAAGACUGAUAAUAAAUAGCUUCUGACACCAGAGCAUUUUGAUUUACGUCUGUAAUUCAGGUCGCAAUUGUAAAUGAGAACGUGUUCUCAAUUUGCCUACCUGGUUAAAUAAAGGUUAAAUAAAAAUAAAUAAAUAAAAUGAGCACCGAUACGUUUUAUCUGUAAUUUUCUCUAUCAUUUCUCUUAAUAUGACAAGGUAUGAAAAGGAUUUGCCAGUAGAUUGUCAUGAUGAUGACUGCUAGUUUGCUAGCUAAGAUUUUGAAAGUAUAAUGUCAACAUGAUUAGUUCAAUCAAAGCUAUGGUGGGUAUGUGAUUUGACGUAAUUUUAUCUGUGGGCGAUGACCUUGAGCCUUCUUGGAUGGGCACUUCUAAUGUGACUCUAUGGCAGCACCCAAGGGGCUUACAUUUUUGAGCUCUACCCGUAGAUUUUGCAGCGACGUAGUGUCCCCAUGAGUGACAGAACACUGAGCCAAUCAAGGCGCAACUAGAGAACGUUACCAAUCCCCACGCUCUGUAUUUUCCACUGGCUGCCCCACCACCACAGAAAGCACUGAGCUAGGCUGGAACACCUGCAUUUUGGAGCUGCCUUACUCAAGAAAACAAAAAAGAGACCAUGUUUGUAUGCAGCUUUAUUAACUCAAUGAUUUAUUUUUUUUAAUUGCAAACUGAUGUGUGACACAUUAAUGGUAAAAUAACAUGCAAAACAGACAAAAAAAUAAAUACAGGUUUUAUCUAAACAGGUGGGGAUCAAAACAGGUGUGGCUCUGUCGCGAGACGUCACAAAUUCAUUGACCUUUAGUGUUCAACAUGUAUGGUCAUGAAAUUGGCAUGUAUCCUUCAGCUGUUAUUAACCCUCUGACUCUCUCCCCCUCUCUUUUUGUUUUUCUGUCUUUUGCUCCCCGCACCCCUCUGUCUCCUACUCCCUCUCUUUCUGCCUGUCUACUCAUUAUCUCUCUCUCAAUUUAAGGGCUUUAUUGGUAUGGUAAACAUAUGUUAGCAUUGCCAAAGCAAGUGAACUAGAUAAUAAACAAAAGUGAAAUAAACAAUACAAAUGAACAGUGAACAUUACACUCACAAUAGCUCCAAAAUAAAAAAGAGAUUACAUCUGUCAUAUUAUGUGCAAAUAGUUAAAGUACAGAAGGGAAAAUAAAUAAACAUGACUUGUGUUUACAAUGGUGUUUGUUCUUCACUGGUUGCCCUUUCUUGUGGCAACAGGUCACAAAUCUUGCUGCUGUGAUUGCACACUAUGGUAUUGACACAUGAGCUUUCUGAUUCAUGUCUGUAAAUGAAAAGUGCUCUAUAAAUGUAAAUUAUUAUUAUUAUGUUUGUCAUCACUGCAAACUCUUUUUAGAUGAACAGUCUGACACAGGCCAGGACAUCAUUAGUAUAAGACAGCCAGUCUCUCCCAAAGGAGACUAACAAAGUCCCAAAGGAGACUAAAACAAAUAUGUUAAAUCUUUCUCCCUUUGUCUUUUCACUCUUUGACUCCCCCUCCCUCCCUCCCCAGCCCAAUGCCAGACAGAGAUACAGUAGAUAGUGUUCUGGGGAGAGGUAGAGAGUGUUGUUUGAGGACAGACACAGGAUUCUCUAUGUGUUGGCCAUUAUCCACGAGACCCAGCGUCUAGCCAACAUCGCACCACUCUACCAUCAGACCCACCAAGCUCAUGGGCUAUGACAUACCAGAGGUGCACACACACACAGAGAGAGAGAUCCAAUUAAAUUACUAAUACAUUAUUUGUAAUAUGUCAUUCUAUGCAUAUAAACACACACACACACAUACACACACACACACACACACACACACACGAGUACACACAAGGUGGAGAUCUGGUCAACCUUUAGCAUUCAACAUGUAUGGGUAUGAAUUUGGCAUUUAUCCUGUUAUUAACCCUUCUCCCCUCUCUUUUUGCUCCGCGCCCCCCUCUGUCUCCUACUUCCUCUCUUCUUCCUGUCUCCCCCUUAUCAUUCUCUUUCUCUCCAUCCCUCUGUCCUCCUUCACUCUCCCUUCUCUCUCGCUCUCUUUCUCUCCAUCCCUCUGUCCUCCUUCACUCUCCCUUCUCUUUCUCUCUCUCUUCUCUCUCCCUUAUCUCUCCUCACUCUCUCUCCCGUAUCUCUCUCUCUAUCACCAACCUCACUAUGCUCUUCGAGAGCAGCCAAUGGGAGCAUCCCAAUAACUUUAACCCUGCCCACUUCCUGAACGAUAAGUUUGUGAAACCAGACGUCUUUCUGGCGUUCUCCGCAUUUACGACUAAUAAUAAAUAGCUUCUGACACCAGUUCUAUCAAUCACACCUGUGUGCAGUUGAAUGAGAGGAGACGAGGGUAGACUAUCGAGAUGCAGCCUAAGGUUUGGUGUGCAACCUAACUAAUGUUAGAGAGGCUAUGGCCACGUUAGAAUGUGAGUCAGGAAUACUGUCAUCUUUAUUUCUAAAGAGAAACUGAGCUGCUCAGUUGGUCUACAGGUGUCCGAGGUUUGCUGUGUAAAUUGUUUGUCACUGGCGUUUGGUUAUGACUUUAUAUAACUGUUGUUAGUAAUGUAUACGUGACAAGUCAGGCAUCAGCCACCGCUGGGCAAGAAGCUUGUUUUAAUAAGCAAACAGUGAGAGACAAAGAGAACAGUAACAGUGAAAUAUGACGCAACUAGGCCAGUGAGGUUUUGUACUCUACUAUACACUGUAUUCAGCAAUCAAAAUGUAACUCAUAAUCUGGUGUGUGUGUGUGUGUGUCAGGUUCUCGUGUGUGUACCAGGGAGCUGCUGGCACGCAUGGAUCUCUUCCUCAUCCUGGUCACUCUGCUGCGGUGAUUCCACUUCCUGUAGCCAGAGGAUGCUGGGAAGCCAGACUGCCCAAACCCAACAGAGUAUUUGUCAGACUGAGAGGAAACCAGAGAGCCUGAUGGAGCCAGUGUUACUCUAAAAUAUGUCCCCACAUGAUUAUGGGGUAAAUCAUUGCUACCACAUCUCCAAUCUCUCUGCCAGAGCAAGAAAAACACAAACUCUUCUGUUGGAGAAGUGUCAGGUUUUUAGCGACUUAUUUGCAUUUGCGAUCUGUCAAGCUGCAGUGAGAUAAAAGGCAAGACCAUGACAAGAUAAAAGGCAAGACCAUGACAAGACAGCUAUAGCAGAAACAGACUGGGAGUCAGGACGGACAGACGGACACACGGACGGACGGACAGUGUGGAGUCUCUCCCCAACACACGGACGGACAGUGUGGAGUCUCUCCCCAACACACGGACAGACGGACGGACGGACAGUGUGGAGUCUCUCCCCAACACACGGACGGACAGUGUGGAGUCUCUCCCCAACACACGGACGGACAGACAGACUAGCCAGUCUGUAAAUUGGGUGACGGAGCCUUCAGUUAACUAUAACACAUAGUUGCAGCAGAGAAAGUUCCAGAUACAGAACAGUGUGAGAGCGAGGAGAACCAGAAAAUACAUUUUUUCCUGUGUGUAGAGGUCAGUCAGCAGGAUGUACCAGCAUGGUGGAGGUCAUGGAGGAGGUCCUCAGGAGGUGGCGCUAACAGACGAAGAGAAGGAGAUCAUCAACAGUGUUCUGGCUCGGGCUGAGACCAUAGAGGCCAUGGAGCAGGAGAGGAUCGGGCGUUUUGCCACUAGGUUGGACAGUAUGAAGAAGACGGCGUGUGGAGAUGGUCAGUCUCGUUGUCUGCUGUGUGGAGAGACGUUUGGACAGCAGGGAGUCACCUCUGUACUCUGUUCCCACUGCAAGAAGCACAUGUGCAGUAAUUGUGGGAUUCAGAACAGCCGUUCGUCAUCUCCAGUGUGGGUCUGUAGGAUCUGCAGUGAACAUCAAGAGAUGUUGAAGCGUUCUGGAGCAUGGUUCUUUAAGGGCCAACCCCAGCAAGUCCUCCCUGCUCCCCUGCCCAUCUCCAGGCCCAGAGGGACAGGUACAGAGAGCCCCCGUACCCAGACCCCUACCCAUGCCCAUCACCAGCCCAGUGCCCAGUCCAGCUACCAGCCAAACCCUGGUGCAGAGGACUACACAGAGCGGCAGGAGCAGCAGGAUAACUACUACUCCAACAUACAAAACCAAGAGCCCACUGAUGAGCCCCCGUACUCCAGUUCAGAGCAACAGGACCCAGAGGGCAAUAGCUCUGCUCAGACACUAGAGGGUGUUGCUGAGGCCCAGGUUAGCCCUGCCGUGGUGGAGGAGGUGGUGAAGAUGGAAAGACAGUUAGGCUACAGACCUCCCACAGCCAGAGGAAGAGAGAACCCACCAGCUCCAGCUGACACAGUCACAGCACAGGCCCCUGCACCACAGAAGAGCAGAUACCCACAGCAGAGAGAGGAGAGAGCACCACCUCUAGUCAGGGAGGAGAAACCCACUCCUGCCCCCAAACCCAGAAUGGCACCACGCACAGGCCCCGCUCCCAACGAAGACAAUGACAACGAAUACGACUCUGAUGAAUCCACCACGCUGGGGUUGCUGGAGUUCAUUCUGCAUUAUGAACAGGGGAACAACACGCUGCACUGCAACAUAGUCAAAGCCAAGGGUUUAAAGCCGAUGGACUCUAACGGACUAGCAGACCCCUACGUCAAGCUGCACCUCUUACCUGGAGCCAGUAAGUCUAACAAGCUGCGUACUAAGACCCUGAAGGGCACUCUGAACCCAGUGUGGAAUGAGACUCUGGUGUACCAUGGUAUCACUGAUGACGACAUGCAGCGCAAAACACUACGGCUGUCGGUGAGUGAUAUGGACAAGUUUGGACACAAUGAGUUCAUAGGAGAGACGCGUGUUGCUCUGAAGAAACUCAAAGCCAACCAGAUGAAGAACUACAGCGUCUGUCUAGAGAGGGUGGUCCAGGUGAAGAAGGCAGGCACAGGAGGCUCAGCCCGGGGCAUGGCUCUCUACGAGGAGGAGGUAAAGGAGGAUGAAGCAGAGGAGAGGGGUCGUAUCCUGGUCUCUUUAACCUACAGCACCCAGAAGGGUCGUCUGAUAGUGGGAGUGGUGCGCUGUGCUCACCUGGCAGCUAUGGACUCUAAUGGAUACUCAGACCCCUUCGUCAAGAUCUACCUGAAACCAGACAUGGGGAAGAAAGCCAAGAACAAGACCCAGAUCAAAAAGAAGACCCUCAACCCAGAGUUCAAUGAGGAGUUCAGCUAUGAGAUCAAACAUGGUGAGCUGGCCAAGAAGAGCCUGGACAUCUCCGUCUGGGACUAUGACAUGGGAACCUCCAACGAUUUCAUUGGAGGAUGCCAGCUGGGCAUCACAGCCAAGGGGGAGUGUCUGAAGCACUGGUAUGAAUGUCUCAAGAACAAAGACAAGAAGAUCGAGCGCUGGCACGUCCUCCUGAAUGACAACACCGUCAAAGACACGGACGACUGAGAGACGUCCUCCUCCUCCCUUGUCUUCCUCUUCCUCCCAUUUCCUCUUCCUCCUCCUCCCUUGUCUUCCUCUUCCUCCCAUUUCCUCUUCCUCCUCCUCCCUUGUCUUCCUCUUCCUCCCAUUUCCUCUUCCUCCUCCUCCUCCCUCCUAAAUAGCGGUUUCUAAUUUCCUCUUAAAUAUAAUAUUUUGUCUUCCAAUUGUUUUCAAAUGUAUUUGAAUUGUAAAGUAUUUUUGUCUAAUGUUUUCGUGAUGUGUCGGAACCCAGGAAGACAAGCUGUCUCCAUUGGCGUCGGCAAAUGGGAUCCUAAUAAAAUCCCAAAUCAUAAUCUAGCUCUUCAUACUUUCAGUAAUGUGAACCUGAAUUAGCAGCAAAUUAAGGCUCUCACACUUUUUACAACUUCAUUCUUCUUGUGCAGACAGAAUGCUUAUUGGAUUCAUGUACUUAUCAACACAGCGUUUACAGUGAAACAAAAAGAAACUGCAACAGAAUAUCUCCCGUAUUUCAAGCAUGCUUUACUGCUUCUGGGGGAAAGGGAUCUCUUUCACUUAUCUCUAAAGCCUGGAAACCGGAUUUCAAUAAACAGGGUGCUAAAGUAUGUUGUUAAACAAUGCGUCGUUACACCAUCCUUACCUAUCUCAACGCAAGGAAUUCCCCUCCUCUCUUACCAUAGACAUGAUAUAGAUUACAUCAUAUAGAUUGCAUCAUUUUCUAAGACCCCCUCCCUGGAUUUUGCUGUACAGUGUUAUGAUGUGGUCAUAAUCUGUGUUCUAUACUUCAAUACUGUGAUGUUAUGACACAGUCAUACAGAUGUAGGAUCUUAAUUGUAUCACUCUUUUGUUGCUGAGAAUUUUCCUGCUAUGCAGUAGUGUAUUUGAGUUUUAAAAAGGCUUCUAAAGUUUCUAAUUUCCACUUUGAAAUUUCAGACUUGAUUUGCUCUCAUGGAAAAUGUAUAAAUCUCUUCAAAAUGUCCAUUAAUUAUAAUCCACAUAAUAAUUCACAUUUCCUGUUGCUGCAGGAUUAUUUUCCUGCUGUAGCAAAUUGACUCAAAUUAAAUUCCUACAUCUGUAAUCUGUCUUGUAUACUUCUAUACUGUGACUGAUUGGGACUAGUGUUUGUGCUGCCAAAGCAUAUGAUCUUCACUUGUGCUACUGUAUAUACAACCAGUUUGUUGAAAGGAGCAUGUGUUGGAUGUUACGGAACAUAUGUUGAUGUUAUUUAUGAAUGAAGAUAUUUCCAUAGUAUUAGCUGUUUAGGUUGAUUACAUGUCAUGCUAUUGAAGCAUUAGCUCCUCUAAGAACCAUGGGAUAUCUUAGAAACCUGGAAUGCACUGACUUGGAUGUUGCUCUCUUUUUUCGCUCCCUCUCUCUCACUUUCUUUCUCUCUCACACUUUCUUUCUUUCUCUCUCUCUCUCUCUCUCUCUCUCUCUCUCUCGCUCCCUCUCUCUCUCACACUCGCUCUCACUCAUAGAACAAAGCGUUACUCCAAGCCUGAUUAAAUAAUGAUCAGACAAUGCUGUAGACAUGGGCAUAUUGCACUGCACUGCGUCUUCCUGUGACAGAUGACAAAUGCGUACCAAAUACAUGCUGAGCGUGAGCGCUGUCCAGAUCAUAUGACGUGCAUUGACCUGUAGUAGGUUUGAUUGCUAGAAAUUCUCAAAUGUGAAAUGAUCUGUGAUAGCUUAUGUUAAACGAUAAUGCAAUGCAAAGUAAAAUUAAAUAUUAAACUUUAAGAUGUGUUGAUAUUUACUUUGAAUAAGAAUUGUAUUUUCAACUGUAGUAUAAAGUUGUGGAUGUUUUGUAGAUACAUAUGUACAUAUUAUGUAUUUACCUUCUUGCCUACUAUGUUAUCAUAGUCUUGGGAGAAGCAUGCAAAUGGUUAAUGCACAGUGGUGUAAAGUAUUUAAGUAAAAAUAUUUUAAUGUACAA